AUGUUGUUGCUGGAAUUAGCUGCAAAAAUGAACUAUGGCCACUGUUAUGUUGUGCUGUUUGAUGAGGUGUAUGAAAGUGUGUUGAAUGCAGCAUUCUUUCGCCAAAUCCAUCGUGCUGCUCGGUACAUCGUAAAAAUCGAACAAGACGAAGACACCUUCAAUCCCCGGCCAUCCUUGAAAUGCAUUCUAGAGAGUACUAGAAAGGCUGGCUGCGGGGGUUACAUAUUACUAAUGACGAAUGGAAUUCAAAUGGCCCGUCUUCUAAGGUUUGGAGACGAUACGCGCAUCAUUGAUACGCGCGCCCGAUACAUCAUGAUGCACAAUUAUCGACUAUUUGUCCCGCAGCUGCAUUACAUUUGGAAGCGCAUUGUAAAUGUCCUGUUUGUACGCCAGCUAAGGGAAAGGCGAGCUCGUUUGUAUAAAUCGGGCAAUGACAAGUUUACGCCAGUUUACGAGCUAAGCACCGUUCCGUUUCCUAUGCAAAUCAAGGGAGUAUUUUUCUCGAAAAUUUUAAAUUUUUGGCAAGGAGGGAAAUUUCGACUCGCAAACAGUACGUUUUUUGAUGAUAAAACCAAAGAUCUUCGUCGCCAAGAAAUGCGCGUGGUUGUGUUGGAACAUACGCCAGCGGUUUUCAAAUCAGCCACGUCCGUUGCCAUACCAAGCUCGCAUACAAAUGAUUCCGACUUUUCACAUAAUGCUUCUGCGCAUCAGCUAACCCUAUCCCGCACUCAAUCGAGAAGCAACUACUAUGGUCUUGAAAUAGAACUUUUGAAAGUAAUAUCAAAUGCAAUGCAUUUUCAAAUGGUUUUUUACGAAACGUCCGAUGCUGAAACGGAGCGCUGGGGCAGACUCAGUGGAAAUGGAACACUUACGGGAAUAAUUAAGGAGAUGCAAGAGGGUAAAGCAGAUUUUGCCCUUGCGGAUUUGCAUCAUACCGAGUAUAACCUCGGUUUUAUGGAUCUUAGCGUUCCCUACAACACAGAAUGUCUAACGUUUCUUACGCCCGAAGCUUUGAGCGACAACUCUUGGAAAACACUCAUACUUCCCUUUAAUGGAGAAAUGUGGGCCGGUGUGCUACUGUCCUUGUUCGCCGUCGGGUUUGUGUUUUAUGCAUUUUCGAACACAUUGAUGUACAUUCAUCAGCAUGAGAGAGGUUAUCGGCCCGAGCACGAUUUACUUCAACGGCACCGAAACAAGGGGAAAGAAAAACUUAACUUUUGGACAAGAUUUCGAAAGAAUCGUGAUAGAGCCACCACCACACGUAAAUCUAAACUGAUAGGUAGGUUAAAACGGUGGAGGCAUAAAAAACAGACCAACAUGAGUAGGUCGUCGGCUUAUGAUCGAAAUAAACUGAGGAAAUUACGAAUGAUUCCGUUCAAACGACAGCCAGAGCCAUGGCAUGAUCCUCUACCCGCAAAUGAUAUGUUUGACACGUUUUCGGAUUGCAUCAUUUACACGUAUAGUAUGUUAUUGCUGGUAUCUCUACCCCGUAUUCCAGAAAAGUGGCCACUUCGUAUGUUGACUGGCUGGUAUUGGGUGUAUUGUGUGCUAGUGGUAGUCGCCUACCGAGCCUCAUUCACAGCUAUACUUGCCAACCCUAUACCUCGGGUGACGAUUGAUACGCUGCAGGAUUUGGCCGAAAGCUCCGUCCGAUGUGGAGCUUGGGGCGAGCAAAAUAGACUAUUUUUUCAAAUGGCUCAGGACCAGUAUUCACAAACUAUAGGAGCUAAGCUAGAGCAUGCACCCAACCAGAAUGAAGCUGUCGAAAAGGUUAGCGAGGGCCUGUACGCUUACUACGAAAACAUAUACUCGUUGCGGCAGCUUCGAUCGACUAGGAAAUCCGAAAAAGCUCGCCAAACCCUACACAUUAUGCAGGAAUGCGCAGUGCACAUGCCUAUAUCGAUCGGAUUGGGUAAAAAUUCGCCGUUAAAGCAUCAAGUUGAUCUAUAUGUACGAGCACUAAUUGAGGGUGGUCUCACCAGAAAGUGGCUCUCGGAUGCGAUCGAACAGUUUCAAUCGAACGUGGAAAUACCUCCACAGGAAGCUAUAAUAGAUUUGAAGAAAAUGUAUGCCGGCAUUGUGGCUCUUUGCUUUGGUUACGUGAUAGCUUUGUCUGCCUUUGUCGUAGAAAAAAUAUAUUGGAGAUAUUACAUUGAAAACAACCCAGCUUUCGAUAAAUAUUUGCAUGGCAUUGUAUUCCGUGGCCGAGGAUGA